AUGGCUAGCCCUCCUGUGCUGGCUUUCGAUGCUGAGGGCCGCCCAGUGAAGUUCGAAACCUGGCUAGAUGACCUACACCUCUUCCUACAGCUCACUGCCAAGGAGGACAUCUCACUGUACGUUCACGCCCUAGGCCAUGCUCCUGCUCCUGCUACUACUGCUGACAGCACUGCCCGCUCACAGUGGCAGACUCGUGACGCCCACGCUCGCUUCGCUAUUCGCAACUCCCUGCCGAUAGAUGAGCGCGAGCACUUUGGGCAGCACAAGACUGCACAGGCACUGUACACUGCUGUCGUUGCCCGCUACUCCUCACCGGCCUCUGCCGCACUAGGCCGUCUCUCUCUUCCCUACCUGUUCCCCGACUUAGCCUCUUUCCACACAGUCGCUGACCUCAUUACGCACCUCCGCACUAGUGAGGCUCGCUUCCGCGCCGCCAUGCCUGAUGAGUUCCUUGCCAAGAACCCACCCCCGCUCUGGCUCACUCUCUACCACCUAGUCACCCGCCUCCCUGACACUCUGCGCUCAGUCAGGGACCACUUCCUAGCUCGCUGCCCCACUGAGCUCACCAUUGCCCUCCUUGAGAAGGAACUCCUUGCAGCUGAGGCUAGCAUAGUCGCUGUAGGUGCCUCUCGUGGCGACCCCCGUUCCCCGUUUUUUGAGGGGUGUUCUCCUUCCCCCCUUCUUCCCUCUGUCGCCUCUGCUGCUGCUGUCGACCUCCUUGGUGCUGAGAAGGUCGGGCCGGUGUCUGCUUCGAGCGGGCGCUGCAGCGGCAAGGGCAAAGGGGGCAAGGGCGGUGGUGGUGACAGCGGGGGAGGCGGUGGUGGGGGCGGUGGCGGCGGUGGGGGUGGUGGCGCGACUGGAGGGGCUAGUGGCAGCGGUGGGGGUGGUGGCGGCAGCGGCGGGGGAGGUGGCAGGGGCGGAGGCGGUGGUGGGGGUGGCGGUGGACGCGGCGGCGGCAGGGGUUGGGGUGGUCGAGGAGGUGGUGGCGGCGGUGGUGGUCGUGGAGCCGCUGGCGGUGGCCAGGGCCAGCAGCACACUCCGUCGCCCCAGGAGGUCCGUGAGUGGUACUCUCAGCACGGGGAGGGGGGGGGGGGGGGGGGGGGGGUGGCUUUAGCUGCACGUACGUCAUUCGCACUGGUGACCGCACUGAAGGGGAUUGAUAUCUAUGCUCUAGACUUUGAUGCUAUUCUCACUGCUAUGUAUGUGAUGUCUACUAGUGGAGAGGGUGCUGAGUACCUGUGUGUGCCGCCCGAUCCGGGCAUUAGGACUAGUGCAUUUGCCGCUCCAGGUACUCGCGUGUCUGCUACCCCAGGUGCUGGUGAGGCUGCUGCUCUAGGUGCUUGUGCGUCUGCCCCCCCUGGUACUCAGUCGACGGCAGCAGUGCACACCUUCACACUAGACUCAGGUGCUUCUCGCUGCUUCUUUCGUGACCGCACUGCCCUUGAGCCGCUUGCUCAGCCAGUUGCUGUCUCCCUCGCUGACCCCUCUGGGGGUCCGGUCAUUGCGACCUCCUCCACUGUCCUUCCCUGUCCUGCGGUCCCGUCGGGCACACUGUCAGGUUUCCACCUCCCCUCGUUCUCUACGAACUUGGUGGCAGGUAGAGCACUCCAGGACGGGGGUGUUCACCAGUUCACCCCUGCCUACGAGCGCGUGACACACUGCACGUGUGCUCGUACGAGCCGCCACUUGGCUACCUUCACUCGGCUGCCGGAGUCGGACCUGUACACACUGACCAUUGAGUCCCCUCAGGUCGCUGCAUCUGCGUCUGCGUCCGCGUCCGCGUCAGGUCAGCUGUCUGCCCCCUGCUCGUGUCGCUCUCUGGCGCACGAGAGUGUCCUCUUGCACCACCGACUUGGCCACCCGUCUGUGCAGCGCCUUCGUGCCAUGCACUCCCGGUACCUUGUCUCCGGUCUUCCCAGAGUCCUCCCUCCCCUCCCACCCUCGCCUGCUCCUCCCUGUCUUCCCUACGUCGAGGGGCGGCAGCGCGCCGCUCCUCACUCCUCCUCGUUUCCCCCGACGACUGAUCCCUUGCAGACGCUCCACAUGGACAUAUGGGGCCCAGCCCGCGUCCGUGGUCAGGGUCAGGAGAGGUAG